GUUGCAUGUCGCGCAUUCUGCAUUCAAGUUGCCAGGCGCACGCUUAGUUUCCCCUCUUUCCUUUCAACUCCAGCAGAGAACGUUUUCUUUUCCCUACGCUGCGCGGGGCAGGAAUCAUGGCAACAAUGGCUGAGCCUCACGAAGAACAACGACCACAGGCGGGUCCCCUGCCCUCAAAGCAGGGCGAGAUCGGGUAUCGCGAAGACGUGCACGGGGCCGCACAUGAGGCAGGAAGCAGUAACGAGGAAUCUGCAGACGAAUUGCCCACACGGCACCCAGCGGAUACCCCUCUUUCUUCGGUUCCUAACACUAGUACAGAACUAGUCCCUCCAGCUUCUACUGACAGCAGUAGUACUCCGUCCAAUGGUGCUGAAGCAACUCAGCGUUCACCGUCACCUUCCUCGACGCAUUCUACCAGCAAGCUCGUAUCCCUUUGGAACUCCAAGCGGGUGCCAACUUUCCACGGGCUCCGUGCUACCACGCUCGGUCUCUUGGUUCUCCAAGUUCUCACUCUCGCUGGCACGAUCACGGGCUGGGUGUUCCUCAUCCAGCACAUGCAAGCCAGCGGAGGCGACCAGUCAAAUGACGCCAACUUCAGCAUGGGCUCUGCACUCAUUUUUGUGUAUGUCGCGUUUGCGAUCAUGACGCUCGUGCAGAUCAUCUUCGUCGAGCGCUGCUUAUACCGCCUGCGCGCAGAACGCUACGCGUUUCUGCACCCAGGCGAAGUCCUUCCUCGUCACCGCCGCGGCCGGCCGCCUCACCCCGCACUCGCAUUCGCGCCGUGGCACCGGCAGUCCUUGCCGUCAUAUGCUGCCACGCUCGCGCAGAGCGGCGUCGGCACGGGCGACGUGGAGGACAACGUCAUUGCAGUGCCGCCCCCGCCAUCCUACGGAGAGCGACAUGCGAGCAUGUUGUUACUCGCCGGGGAGAUCCCGGACCGUCUGCGCCGGAUCCGCGACAGCGCCAGCUCGUCUCGUCCGGUGAGCUACAUGAGUCGUGACCCGGACUGGGAGGAGCGGUUGGACGCGGACGCGGCUGCCCACCUGGAGGAGAACCUGGCGAAGAUGGAAGAGGGAGACGUGACGGACGCCGCCCACACGUGGCAUGCGCCAAACUAG